CUCGAAAUCGCCGUGUAAUAGCCUAGGAGCCUGCUCUUCUCUCCGUCAUCGGACGUACGCGUUCGUAUUCCUGGGCCCUUGUAAUGAACAAGACCCACCAGUUCGUAAAUCUCCAAUCAUGAUGAUACAGGGUUUACAAACUGUUUGGGUAUUUGGCCAAGCUUUAUUGGCCAAUCGUCGUUUUCGAAAUCGAAUACUUCGAAUAACACAGGCCCACCUACAAUUGGACAUAACGUAUAACAUCAAUAUUGGAAUGGUUUAGAAAAAAUGGAUUGAAUCGAUCAACAUGAAUCCCACAACGUAAAACAUAUUUCGAUGAAUAAGAAUUCUCGACCUCGUAUAUAAUCUAUUAUGGAAUCUUGGUGAUCGGUCAAUUAAGCAAACGUAUUUUUACGAGUUUACGAGUUUUCCUACUGAGUCAAGAAAUCAAGUUAGAUCCGAUUUCACUAACCGAGUUCUUGUUUUCCCAAAGUACCCCAGAAACAAUAUCAAUAAUUCAGUCACUGACAAAAAAAUUCGUGAUACCAUGAUUUUUAAAAAAAACAACCCUAAUAUUAUGUUUUUAAAAGCUGAUAAAGGCAAUACGUCGGUAGCUACGCAUAGAGACUCUUAUAACAACAAAAUGAGGCAACAGCUUUCUGACACCAACACCUACAGAAUUGCUAAAUAUGACCUGUGUAACUCCCUACAAACUAGGGUGAACAAACUCACGUUCAAUUGGUUUAACUCCAAAUUAAUAAACAAAAACUUAUAUAGAAGCAUUUCUACUUACAAUAGUGUCCCCCCACGCGCAUAUGGGCUACCUAAAAUUCACAAAGAGGAAGUCCCAUUAAGAAUUAUUGUCUCAUUUGUCAAUAGCCCGACCUAUGCCUUAUCCAAGAUAAUUAAUUCAUGGCUCACCACUAAUAUCACACCUCCCACCUCUAGAGUUAAAGAUAGCUUUUCCUUAGUUGACACAAUAAAAACAUUGAUUAUCCCAGACAACUAUACUUUAAUAUCGCUAGAUGUAAUAUCUCUUUUUACCAACGUUCCGACAGAUCUUGCAUUGCGCGCAGUAAACAACCGUUGGGCUUCUCUUGAAAAUAAGAUCCCAAUUCCCCUUAUUGAACUAGAUAAAGCUUUAAAAAUAUGUUUUGAUUCUGCAAUAUUCAAAUUUAACAACGAUACGUAUGCACAACAAUUCGGGUUGCCCAUGGGAUCUCCUCUCUCCCCAAUCUUGUCAGACCUUGUCAUGGAAGACUUGGAAAUGUCUUGCAUUAACAAUCUUGAUUUUGAUUUACCGUUCUAUUUUCGAUAUGUUGAUGAUAUUCUCACUGCUGUUCCUAAAGAAAAAAUAGAUCACACUCUUAAUAUUUUUAACCGAUAUCAUCCACGAUUACAAUUUACUGUCGAUAUAGAAGAAAAUAACGCCAUCAAUUUCUUAGAUGUAUUGCUGAUACACAACAACAAUAAUAUCAAAACAGAUUGGUUCCACAAAAAAACCUAGUCUCAAAGAUAUUUGAAUUUUAAUUCUCACCACCCAAUGUCCUACAAAAUAGGUCACACCAAUUCCGUUAAUCUU